GACGCCAUCAUGUCCUAUCAUGUCGUGAUCACACCGACUAUAGCUUACCCAGUGACUGUUCAGGCAAGUUUGAAAAUGACCAGAAAAAUCAUGUUUUCCACACUUCCGAGUUCUUUACGCACCAACACCACCGACUUGGAUACCCAUGGUUGUACCAGCCAGCCAACAUGGUGUCUACAGCUCCUCCAGGUUCGUGGUCGACGUGUGGCUCGUGAUUAUGAGGUAUCUUUCUGUCCUGGACAUCACUAGGCUUGGAAGUACAUGUCGAACAUUGCAUGAAUUUGCUACAUUACGGCAUGUCUGGCUCGACGCCCUCGUUCAGCAUCGCUUUCUUGAUCAGUGCUACCCCCAUCUGCGUUUAUGCACUGCGGAAGACAUUCGUCACCAACUGAAAACCGCUGCCCAACUUAACCACAUAUGGACACAGCCUAGCAUCAUCCCUAAGCGUCUUUACACGUUCCCGCUGGAUUUCCCUGGUGUAUUUCAAGGUCUGAAAUUUCUUCCGGGUGGGACAUGGCUAGUGUUGCUCUUUCACUGUCGAAAUCUCAAUCCUUCUCGACACUCCAAUUUGUGCUUAAUGAAACCAAGCACAGGAUCUGGGACAAAUGACUCUCCCGCUGCAUCCACGACCUUUCAGAGCGAGAUGUGCUGGCUGCCCUUCCUCGACCAAGACGGUCCAUAUAAAUCGUCUCGUGGCGAUGAUCUCAUGCUACUACGAACCAAGUGCAAUGACGGAUCCAACGCUUUCGGGAUUGUGCACCUGAAUACAAAGAUACCCUCAAUAAGGAUACCCCUCAUUUUCCGCACAAACGUGUUUGUGCGGAACUAUGCAGCAGCAGGAGACUAUAUCAUUUAUGGCUGGAUUACUUCCGACAGGAAGCAUCUCCUUCGUAUCAUGCAGCUCAACGAGAAUUACGACGGUUUUCGAAAGGACAUAACUGUUGAAAUUGACUGCCCAAAAGGACACGACGGCAAACUCCGCAUACGGUACGACUUGCGCCUGUCAGGUCGGGUUCCGUGCGUUUUGCUCGUCAGCACGCGAUUAAUGGCUGCGUAUAAUAUUCCCUCCACUAUACCCAACGACCCCGAUGCAAACCCACCACCAUUACUCACGCCAUUCUGGCAGCUUCACCCUCCAGCUGUGACAUUCGGACGCUUCCUCAAAACGUUUCACGAAGGAGCCACAGUAUGUUUGUACGAUGGCCAGAUUCGAUUCAUACGACCCGACCUCGAUGCCUCGGAACCCAAUGCCCACGUCAUUGAGGAGUACACGUUUGAGCGUCCGCGUCCACAAAGCUCACAGUGGCCGUGCUUGUUCGCAGCGCAGCGCUUAUUCUGGCUUUCGUCCAUGCCCAGCCAGAAAAGGACAGCAGGUCCUUGGCAAAUGGCUAUCGAGACGACCGCAGUCCCGGAAAACGACCACCGUGAAGGCCGUGCACUCCUAGACUUCCAGGAAACUCAGACCUCAGGCCCACACCCAUCUACGAGAACUCGAAUAGUGCAGGAUUGGGAUGAGCUUUCGGGGAGACUUUGUAUCAGAAGCGCACAAAGCCGCUUUUCGCAGGAUCCGAGGUGGCGAAGGACGAGUUGGCGGGUCACAUUGGUAGAUUUUGUUUGAAGGAGAUACCCGAAUCUGACGUAGUGUUGUGAGACCCAGGUCUGAUGAAACACUGAACCACUUAGUUAGUUUUGUAUGUCUAUGUACAACACAUCUUGAAGUCGCUUUUGAUUUUCUUGCCAAUGUAGAGUAUGAUCCACGUCUGCGGCUUCCCAUGGAAACUCAUGGAAUGCGUUGUAUGCUCAGAUAUUCUAUAC